CACAAUUUCAACUGCAACUAAUGAAUUUUCAUUUACAAAUAAAAUUGGGCAAGGAGGUUUUGGCCCCGUUUAUAAGGGUGUCCUCCCAACGGGAAAAGAAAUAGCAGUUAAAAGACUUUCCAAAGAUUCUGGACAAGGCCUUAAAGAGUUCAAGAAUGAAGUUAUCUUGAUCGAGAAACUACAGCAUAGGAAUCUAGUUAAGCUACUGGGUUGCUGCAUUCAUGGAGAAGAGAGAAUAUUAGUUUACGAAUACAUGCCCAACAAGAGUUUGGACUUGUUCAUUUUCAAUCAAACAAAGGAUACAACUCUAAGUUGGCAGAAGCGUUUCGACAUCAUAGCGGGAAUUGCCAGGGGGCUUCUCUACCUCCAUCGUGAUUCAAGGUUGAGAAUAAUUCAUAGGGAUCUGAAAGCAAGCAAUAUUCUUCUGGAUAAAGAUAUGAAUCCUAAAAUCUCAGACUUCGGUUUGGCAAGAACAUUUGGAGGGGAUCAAUAUGAAGAAAAUACAAAAAGAGUCAUGGGCACUUACGGAUACAUGGCUCCUGAAUAUGCUAUAGACGGACUUUUUUCGAUGAAAUCUGAUGUGUUUAGCUUUGGAGUGGUUGUUUUGGAGAUAGUAACUGGGAAGAAAAAUAGAGGAUUUCAUCAUCCUGGUCACGACCUCAACCUCUUGGGACAUGCUUGGAAUCUAUGGACGGAAGAAAAUCCUAUGGAUCUUUUGGAUGCCUCAUUGGUGAUUCUCAAUUCAGAAUCUGAAGUGUUAAGAUGUAUCCAUGUCGGCUUGUUGUGUGUACAACAACGCCCCGAAGACAGGCCUACUAUGUCUAAUGUUUUAUUAAUGUUAGACAUCGAGCACCCAGUUGUUUGUCAACCUAAACAACCUGGUUUUUACUCGGAAAGAUCUCUUAAUGACAUGGCUAUGCCUUCAUCAACAGGAAAUAAGCCUCCUACUUCUAAUGAAAUUACUGUAACAUUAUUACAAGGUCGGUAGAAGCCUUUUUCUCUGUGUGUAUAUAUAUAUUUCAUUUUGAUGGUAAAUUAAUCAAUAUUAAUACAAAAGAAAGUAUUGCUUUA